CCUUUUAUAGCCUAAGGCCAAAUUCUUACAGGUAAUCUCACAGCAACUUCUCUAAACACAGAUACUAUUGUAUGUAAAAGCACCCUUAAACUGUACUGGAGAUCAAAACAAUAACAAACAGGUUCUCUUAUUAGACAGAAGACGUGACUUGUCAAGUCACAUAUCUUUAGUGUGAGUUUGCGCUGGUUCCUCUCCUUGAUUCUGCUACCAAAUGUCUAUUAUACCAGUGUAGGCUGCUUGGAACAUCUAUUCCUUGAUGGUAUCAUGUUUCCAUCAUCAUUAAUGUGUGUGAUGGGUUUCUGGAAGUUUUCUUUAUUAAACAGUCAGAACAAAUGUAAAGAGUUGAACAAUGCUGAUUUAGAUGGACGAGGCAGUGACCAAAGCCUGAACAGCUUGCCCAGUGUCCGAACGGCUAGAUUUGCAUCUGAACGAUCAGUUGCUAGUUGGGCAGUAUCGUUUGAGAGGCUACUUCAAGAUCCUGUUGGGAUUGAAUAUUUUACGGAAUUUUUGAAUAAAGAAUACAGUGCUGAGAACAUACAUUUUUGGAAAUCUUGUGAAAAGUUCCAAACCAUUUCUGAAGAUGACCCAGAGCAGCUGUUGCAGGAGUCUCGACGGAUCUACAAUGAAUAUCUGUCAAGUAGCUCAUUGUGCCCAGUCAAUGUGGAUCAGCAGGCCCUUAUCACAGAAGAGAUGCUGAGCAAACCGUCUCCUCAUCUUUUCAAAUCGCAGCAACAACAGAUAUUCAAUCUGAUGAAGUUUGAUAGCUAUGCCCGCUUUGUGAAGUCUCCCCUGUACCAAGAAUGCAUGUUAUCAGAGGUAGAAGGACAUCCUUUGCCAACCAUUAGCUCCUCAUUCAAUAAUUUAACAGCAGGCUGCAGUGCUUUUGACCCUGGGGCAAUAAAGAAAAAGAAGCUAAGACCUGGGAAGUCUUUGCCUCUUGAUGUUGAGGCAACUGGCUCAGAUGGGAGUGAGGGUUCCAAGCUCAGAAGAUCAUUCAAGAAGAAGGAUAGGAGGGCAAAUGUUAGAGAUUCAUCUGAUAACAAUGAAGUCCUUACUCGACAUGAAUCUGAGGGAUCGCUCAAUUCUGCAACAAGCUUAGACCUAAUUUCAUCCUUCUCUGGAAAAUCUGAGAAUGAAAAUAGUCGCACUAACAGCUUGGAGCGUGAAACAGAGUGGAAGCAUAUCAAAUACUGCUGUGUCUACUUCCCAGAUGGCACAGCCUCCCUGACUGCUGUCAGACCUGGACUUAAUAUACGGGAAAUGCUGACCGGAGUCUGUGAGAAGCGAGGAUACAGUCCUUUUGAUGUGAAAGUAUAUCUAGCAGGGAAUAAUCAGAAAGCGCUGGCCCUGGAUCAGGACUGCAUGGUGCUAUCUGACCAGGAGGUGAGAUUGGAGAACAGGAUCAGUUUUGAGUUACAAAUUGAAUACCUGAAUAAAAAUUUGCGCAUUGUGGCCAGGCCCUCAAAGACAAUACAAGAGGCUUUACAAUCAAUUUUGAAGAAAUAUGGAUUGAAUAGCCAACAUUUUGUACUAAAAAAGAUGGGUGAAUCAGAAGCUGUAGACCAAGGCAAAUCUGUGACUCGAGUAGAAGGAUUGACUCUUAUUCUACACACAAUCACCGCAGAUGUGAAGGAUCCUAUACAAGCAGGAGGACAUAUGGUUGAAAAGCAAGUUAAGAAAGAAAAUGCAACGAAGGAGAAAAGUGUACUAAGUAUGCAAAGAGCAGAUCACCACCAUCGAGAAAACAAGGAACCUAGUCCUGCAAAUCAUGCUUCAUUUGCCAUCAAGUUUAAUAAACCUGGCCCAACAAAAAAUAGGCCUUAUCGAACCAACAAAGACAUUGAAGGACUGGUAGAGAUGCUAAACAGAGUCCAAAGCACUCGGGCAGAUGACCAGCGUGGGUUACUGUGUAAAGAGGACCUUGUUCUACCAGAAUUCUUGAAACUUCCAACUGAUGAAACAUGUGAUAGCUGCAAUAUGACUUGCUCCCACAGUGACCAAGAGCUACUAGAGACUGAUCUUCAUUUGGAAGUUGCUGCUGAAAAUUGCAGAGAACAGAAUCGUACUACAGACACCAGAUCUCCAUCACCAGAAACAGUGUGUUUAUCUCUGAUAGAAGAUAUUAACCCAUUAUCAGAAACCAGUUACAGCAAAGACACAACCCCUACAGGGACAAUUUCUGAUGUGUCUUUGGAAUCAACAGUCGUCGAUGGGAAAUCACAGACAGAGGAUAAUAACUGUGCGAUGUAAUUGCUACCAGUGUAUUUAUUAUUAUUACUUUACAUCACUCUCAGAAAGAAGAGUACUGUGUGCCAACAACUGUCUUGCUGCAGUAGUUCAGGAAAUUCAGAAUCUGCUACACUAGUAUGG